AUGGUAAAGGCGUACAUUAAGAAGUGCACCGGCACCGCCGCCGAAGGAAAGGAAUUCCCGGCUAGUUUGCGGCUCGGAACGGAAGUACGUUAUCCAGUAAUAGUUUAUAUCCAUGGGGAAUCGUUCGAAUGGAAUUCAGGAAAUCCCUACGAUGGAACCGUUAUUGCCGCGUAUGCUGAACUUGUUGUCGUAACCCUAAAUUAUCGUUUGGGUAUAUUGGGAUUUCUGAACGCAAACCCAGCGCCUCAUUUAAAAGCUCGAGUUGCGAACUAUGGACUAAUGGAUCAAAUUGCGGCGCUCCACUGGAUACAGCAGAACAUCGCCUUGUUCGGAGGAGAUCCGACGAACGUAACGUUGGUGGGACACGGUUCGGGGGCGGCGUGUAUAAAUUUUUUAAUGAUCUCCCCCACGGUAAUGGCCGGCCUUUUCCAUCGCGCGAUCCUACUUUCCGGCUCGGCGCUAUCUUCGUGGGCAUUAGUCGAGGAUCCCGUAAAUUACGCGGUUAAGCUGGCCAAAGAGGUGAACUGUUCAAUACCGGAGGACGUUGCGAAGGAUCACGAGGCGAUUGUGGAUUGUCUACGCCAGACUCCGUUGGACGAGCUUUUAAAUGCGGACGUCUUACCGCCUUCGUAUCUAAGUGCGUUUGGGCCUAGUGUAGAUGGGGUGGUGAUAAAGACGGAUUUUGCCAAAGAACUUUUAACCUAUUUUAAACCUUCGGAUCUGCAAAGUUUUGUAGGUAGCGCUGUAAAUGCAAAUAUGAAACGUAGUGAAGCGACUUUAAUGCCAAGGGGUAGCAAUCCGUACGAUCUACUUUUUGGUGUUGUUACUAGUGAGGCGCUUUGGAGAUUCUCCGCCUCGGACAUUCAGGCGGGGUUCGAGGGUGAGAGGAGGGACAAGAUCAUUAGAACUUACAUCCGCAACGCGUAUACGUAUCAUCUUAGUGAAAUAUUUUUUACGGUAGUUAACGAAUAUACGGACUGGGAACGGACCGUCCAGCAUCCCAUAAACACGCGCGAUGCCGCAGUUGCCGCGUUGAGUGACGCACAGUUUGUGGCGCCCCUUGUACAAACAGGUGAUCUACUUAGUGCGAAACCUCCCCAACCCGGCCAGGAGCAUACGGGUCCACGAACAUUUUUCUACGUUUUCGAUUAUCAAACGAAGGACGGUGAUUAUCCCCAAAGAAUGGGGACCGUUCACGGGGAGGAGCUGCCCUACGUCUUCGGUGCGCCGCUAAUCGACGGCUUUAGCCACUUUCCAAGGAACUAUACGAAAUUUGAGUUAUCACUUGCGGAAGCUGUUAUUAUCUACAUCGCUAAUUUCGCACGGACUGGAAAUCCGAACGAUCACAGCAAACAAGAAUCGGGACUGGCCGCGUCAAGGGAGAAGAAUCGGUUUCGAUCAAUCGUCUGGGAUGAGUACGACGCGGUGCAUCAGAAAUACUUGGAAAUUGGACUGUAGUCUGUUUUGAUUGCAUCUGAAAUUCUUCAGAGUUAAAGAAAAGUCCUACAUAUUUUCCUAUGGAUACUACCAACCAGAAAUUUUCAAGAUUUCAAAAUGAUAUAACCGCCUGUGAAAUCCGAAGUGAAGAUUAACGGUAUAAUUAAAAACAAGGUUAAAAAAUA